AUGUCCACCUCAAAGAAACUUGGACCUGACUUCGGAGCUCCAUCAGGCGAGGACACGCGACAACGGUGCGGUGAACUUCGAUGGACGACCACAAGUGACUCGCACUUUGCCCAGACCUCCACACUGUUCGACCAUACGAACCAUCCAACCCACUUCCAGGGCGUCAGUUUCCCCGUAUUCGAGAAGCCAGUAAUUGACUCACCUACCAAGCAUCAUUUGGCAACAGUUACCACAUAG